AUGACUGUUGACAUGUUGAGAGGUGGACCAGAAAUACCAGGGCCUUCCCCGGGAACAACGGCACAUACAGGAGGUAGAUUGGAAUGGCCGCCAGCGGGAAAAAGCAUAGAGUACGGGGGUGGGCAUGACACCCUGUUCCGUGAGAUGCACACGACUGGGAAGUGUGCAGUGAUGAAGGAAGUGUGGGAGCUCUGCUUGCUGUUGAAGACAGUAUUGAUAGGCGUGUGCUCCCUGAACGUGUGCUUGCUCUGCGAAGUCAGUAUGGUCAAACGGCUGAUUGGGCAUGCGCUGGGUAGUGGUGUGAGUUUGAGAUGGCAUAUUGUGGAUGUCGGGCUGGGGGAUAGAGGCCAUAAGGGUGGGAAGGCCACCCACACCGACCAUUGCUUUUUUGAGCAGGAAGGAAUCCGGUCUUUCAGCCCAGUGCUCAUCAACAAGCAUUGCUCGUCGCCAUCAUCAUUGGUGGUAACCGGCCUGUCGUCCCAGUAUCCGGCAACAGAUGUUCAUCGUGGCCAUCGCAGUCUGGGAAAGAGAGAUCAGAGAAGGACUGGGAUUGAUGGAGUCUGGUGGGAAGUAGGACUAGGCCAUGAGAAGGGUCAGCAACAGAUCUUCAUCGUCAUCAUCUUGAACAGUGUCACCAAGAUCGUGACUGUGGCUAACAUUGAAGGUGUUCAUCGAUAUGAUAAAGGUGGUUAUGGUGGAAGACUGCACCCCAGAAUCACUCAAUCAGGAGCUGUUGUCGUGCACAAAGUAGGAAAGGUUACAAUAUAUUACAAGGGAGGACGAUGUUGGGUGCUAGUUAGGACGAUGGCCCUUGAGCCAGAGCCUGCAGGUGGUGAAAAAUUUCCUGACACGGCCUGUACGAGUGUCUCUGUAGCGGGAUGCCAUGUUCGGCUAGUCAUCGAGAGCACCGACAUUGGUGUCUGUAAGGCCGGUCCCGCCAGCACAUGUCUGUGCCCAACGUUUGUUGGGAUUGUCGACGAGUUGGGGAGGCAAAUGUACGACAGGUGGGGCGGCCAGAUGAGGGUCAAGGGGGGAGUAUGGUGGAGCGUGGAGAAGACGGACUUUGUUUUUGACGGUGCAGGACGUUGCGUUGGGGUCCAAGAGCGUGCUGAAGAGCUGCUGCUCGCUGAAUGUCUGGUCGAGGCGGUAAUGAUGGUAAUGGCUUGUCUCUGCCGAGGGGUUGAGGCGCAAGAUGGGGUGGAUUAG